AUGAAUAAAUAACAAUGUAAUUACCAUUAUAGUUUUAAAUUUAUCAUUGUCGGCAAUUCUGGAGUUGGAAAAAGUUGUUUACUCCAAUAAUUUAUCGAAGGUUAAUUUAAAAAUAACAUUGAUUCAACAGUUGGAAUAGGAUUUGGAUAGAAAGACAUCAUUUAUAAAGACAGCGUUAUUAGAAUCAAUAUUUGGGAUACUGCAGGUUAAGAGUCAUUUAGGUCGAUUACAAGAGCAUAUUAUAGAGGAUCAAUUGCAUGUCUAUUAGUUUAUGAUGUGACAAAGAAAAAAACAUUCCAUCAUCUCAUUAAUUGGUUAAAUGAGGUAAAGCAAGAUUCAUCAGCCGAGAUAAUGAUUGUUGGAAAUAAAAUUGAUUAGUGGGGAAGGGAAGUUUCUCAAGAUGAAGGACAAUAACUGGCUCAAUAAAUUGGCUGUUUAUAUUUAGAAACAUCAGCAAGAACAGGGGAAAAUGUUAUACAAGCUUUUGAAACCUUAGUACAACGAAUUUAUAUGAAAAUUAAGAAUAAGGAAAUAGAUUUAGAUGAUCCAUAAAAUGGGAUUAAAUUAGGUCAGAUGUCUGAAGUGUAGCCAGUUAUUAAACAAUCUAAUGGAAAUUAGAAAUCUUCAUGUUGCUGA